AGUCCGUCGUCUCGCUCACGUAAUUAGGCAAACGUUUGAGUCGACCUCGCAGGCAGAUCUUUCACUUGUUCUUUUUUGCUGGGUGGCUGUAUUGUUAAUGGUACAUGCCGCCAGUUAAAAUCAGAAAGCUAACGUUAUACUCCACAUGUAGAAGAUAAACACGUUGUUGUGUUUAGCACACAGCAUCUAGAAGUUGAGGAACUUGGUCUGCGUGUCGAGUUAUUUGAUGCUAACAAGGAGGGCUAGCUGCGGUCCGGCAGACGAACUCUUGCUAACAUCGGCGAAGGUAUGAGGACUGAAGCAGUUUGUUUCGGCACACAGAAAAAGUUUGGCAAGUUUGCUCAGCAGUCACGUUAAUGUUGUUGAGCUGAAGGCUUGGUCAACUCAACAGACUGACUCACAACUAGCUGGUGCUAAUUUGCUUAUUGUGCAUAUUAAUGUUGAAUUAUUGAAAGCGACGGUUAAACCAAAGACAUGUAGACGAGUGUCUACAUGUGACUUACUAAUGCUGUAAUGUCAUUAAGGGCAUUGUGAGUAAUGUAAGGGGGUCACCCCUUCUCUCUGUUGAACUGCUCAAACACACCCUCAGGUGUGUCUGUGGCCUGAGGACGUCAUUUUGCCCUGGCCUGAAUCCUUGUGAACAAGUACUACAACUUCACAACCGUGCUGCACUGCAUGCUUUCCCCAUACGCUCACAGAGCUGCUCAGCCAACGGAGGCAAGAAGAGCAGAAAACUGACUGUUUGCCAGUCUUAAUACAACUCCAACUAGUUCAGCGACAAAGAAUGACAGCUGCGGUAGGAAGAGCGUUUGGGUGGGUGCGCUCAUGGGGCAGCAGUUACGUGUCAGAGAAUACCACAACGGAUAUAGCCGAGGGCCAGAAGCAAGGCUAUGGCAGUUGGAGUCUCAGGGGGUGGACGUCUUGGAUCUGGGGAGGGUGGAGACGUAAAAGUGAUGAAAGUAGUCCAGUAGAGGAGUAUUGGGAGGCGCAGGAGAAGCUUCAGCCCGUGGAAAUUGAAGAUCUCUGUGCAGCGAAACAAGAGGUCGUGGUACAUUCAGAACAAGCUUCUAGAUGGUGGAAUAAAUAUCUCCCAACUUCUUACCUUGUGUGGCCAAGAAAAACGCAGCCAAGCAAAAGACAAAGGAAACGUGACGGUCUGAGCGGAGAUGAUAUUGAUGGCGACUUUUCUGAGUAUAGAACACCUCCUCCAUCUCCUACACCUCCUUCUCAGCUGACAUCUCCUUUUCGAUUCUUCGCGGACAGCUGGAUGUUGGAAAUCCUACCGGAGCACUACGAGAUCUGUUUCAACUUCCUCCGCCACUUAUUUGACCUGUUUGUUGUUGGCUUCCUGUGGACUGUGUCUCCUCCUGCCAAGCUGAUCCUGGAAGUGUUGGGGGUCCAGGGACCACUGAGGCUGUGGUUUCAUGGUAUGGCCAUGUUUUUUGUGUCCACAGUUGGAAUGGCCGGAUUACUCUGGUUGAUCCAGGAGUAUCUCCCUCAGUUUGCUUUGAUCUAUGGCAUCAUUCAGGCCGUGGUGAUCUCUGUCAGUGUCCGACAGAGUGUGAUAAUCGGCAUGGAGGAAGAAGAAGGAAAGGUCGAGGAGGGAAAGGAGACUGAUGAAAUGACAGACAGCAGGGAACAUAAAGAAAAACAUGUGUGUGUGUCUGUGAAGGACAAGGUGAAGACAAGUUAAACACAUGAUACUGAGAAGUUUCUGUCUUCAGCUGUAUCAGACCUCGUCCAGGAGUUUGACAUCACAACAGUGCGACUACACAGAGGCUCUUUCGCUUCACCACUGUGCUCUGCAGUGUGACUUAAUAAUUGUAUUGCACAUUCACUACAAACUCAUAGAAGUUGUACUUAUGUCACUUUAUAUUCAACACUAUUGAUGUGCAUUUUAUAGAUGUCUGUCCUCAUUUGAUUUUAAUGUCAUCACCAGAAUGUUGGCAUUUAUAGCCAUACAUAGUUAAGUAUCAAAAAGUAGACUGCUACUUUAAUUGGGGUCAGAAAUAAUAGGGUUCAUGAAUGUUCAUUAAAUGCUUGUUAAAUCAAAGAAAAAGAAUGAUUCCAGGUAUAUAGGGAGUACUGCAUUUUCUCCCAGUCACAUCGUAUUGUGUUGUGGGGCAUCACCACCAGGAGGAAAGAAAUACACACUCACAUAAACCACUCCAUUAAUUUAAAUGAGAAGAUUGUAGGGGAUUGAAAGAUGCAGUGUUUGCAUUUUAACCCUAGUUAAGUUUAACACUAGGGUCCAUUUGUUCUGAAGUUUGACUUUGGAUUUGUCUUUCACCACCGUCUUUGUCACUUAAGGUACUGUCACCAUUACACAGCUCCUCUGGAAGUAUUAAAUCCAUCUUUAAUGAAGCUGAAGUUUGUAAGACAGGAAGAUUCAAGCAUGCUCCCAUACACUUCUUCUUUUGUUCAACCUUGACCUGUGAAUUCAGUCAGUCAGCUACUAGAAACUCUGACACUGUGUUUAGACAUGGAGACACAGCUGUUCUACAAUAUUACUCUUCUGUAAGACUAACUGUAAAAUCCCUCUUGUACACUAUCUACAGUCUGUGAUGACGCUGCUUAAUAUUUAUUUACUCCACACAUCAGACCUGUAACAUCACAUUCCUUACCAGGCUAGGUGUGGGCUAAUGUGAAUGUAGCUUUACUGGAGCAAAAAUCUGAGUCUGGUGAAGGGGGAGGAAUCCUCAGAGGAUGGAUAAACAAGUAGCAACCACCACCACUGACCUGCAGGUUCAGACGUCUGCCAAUUGAGCACACACACCCAAUAACACUGUAUAAAAGCCAUAAGCUCUCAAUCCAGCGUUGACCUCAAAUUUAGAUUCUUCUAAAUAAGAUGUGUAUUUUGAUAUUCAGUGGUUGGCUCACAGGGUUUUUUAUGAAACAAGUAUCUAAUAAACAUCAGCAAGUGGCUUCAGUGCUGCUCAGCUGUGAUGGUUGCUGUUUGUGUUUAACCACAUUCUCUUAAAUGUUCAUCAUUUCUGCUGGUGAAACUGUACUGUAUUAUAUAUAUUUACACACUGACAGACUAAAAUGACAGCCCUGUCUGACCGGUGGAAAAAAACAUUUACCUUACCAAAACCUUACCACAUACAGUACAUGGAUGACAUUACAUUGAGAUUCCUCUAAUAUGUCCUCCUUAACAUGCUUGUUGUAGGAGGUAUCUUCUUAGAUAUUUAAAGAAUUGACACAUAAUACCAGCAGCACAUUUAAUGUGUUCUCUUUACACACUUGUAUUUUGCCUGUCAUUUUCUGUGCAAUGAUUUUUUGCGCGUUUUAAACAAGUUACACACUCUCUUCACUAGUGUGUAUUUUAAUGGAUUUUUAUCUCUCUGUCAUGCUUUCCAUUUAAUGGCACAAAAAUGAAGAGACCAAAUAUCUAAUUUGGUUUUAGUGCACAGUGGCAUGUUUUGCACUCAACAAACUCCUGCUCUAUAUAAUUUCAUUUGACUUGCAUCAGAUAUUUUUCCUAUAGCAUGUGCCGUAAUCAAUUUUUCAAAAAAGAUAUGGAUUUGAAUAUAGGUUUUAUUUCCUGUAUAUCAGCCUGUAAAUGUGGAGGUCUGUGGCUGACAAUAUUGAAAUGAAAUAAUUUCAUCUAUUUGAGAUGUGAUUGUCCAUUUGUGUGCACAUGAUACACAAAAUUAGAAUAAUGAAUACAUAACUGUAACUAGUUAUGUAUGUACUAGUUACUAUAGCCAAUUCUAAUCAAAACGUGCUUGAGUCAUUUUCAGUUUACUCCCAAGUGUAACACUGCCAUAAUGACAGGAAGAUUAAUGGGAAACAGUCUUGUCAUUUUCAAAUUCACAACUAUAAGGUAUUCAGAGUUGAAAAAGUGAAUCAGUUAUUGAAGUUGAAAUUAGAUUUUAUGUGCACACAAAUGGAAAAUGAAACUUUGAUUGGAUUACAAGGUUUAAUAUUAGCAGCUACUUCCAUAGAAAGAAUGUUUCACUCUCUUUUUUUGUAUUGUACCAAAUUUUUAUGAACCACUUGAGUCCCGUUAAGGUGACACAAUGCCUACAUCUCUUUGAUGCCUUUUAUUCAUUGUUUGCUUAAAUGGAGCUUUUAUUGCAGUGAUAUUAAGCCUGAUAAUCCCUUGUAAGGAAGGUUUUUUUUCUGUUAGUAGCCUGCACUGCUAACAAGUGCUGGAUCACUGUAGCUAAAUAAACUCUGUCCCACUGUCCCACAAGGAGGAAGGACCUCACUAAUAUCUAUGGUGUAAUUUUAACUUGGAGGAAGUAAAGGAAGGAAGAAUCUGCUGUGACCUAUUAUGUUACAUCUAAUUUAUGGCUACUUUGAACCCAACAGUACACUGAGGUUAAAUGCUCCCACUGGCUAAAUAAAACUGUUUUUCUUUUA